CAAACCCCAAAAUGCCACUCUUCGCCCUUCCCCUCGCCCCCUCCUCAACGACCUCACACUUCCAACCCACAAACACACGUGUCCCCCUCCAAACCUCCCUCCCAAUCCGCAAGCGCAAACGCCGCCCCUCACCUUCGCCCGGUCCAUCCUUGUCCGAAGACGACCACGACCACGACCACGACAACGAGCUCCCAGCAUCCACAAACCCGCUGAGUCUUACGCCGAAUGAGAUAGCACAGUAUAAGGUUGCGGGACUGAGGCUUGAUGAGGAGAUUCCGGGGGUGAAGGGGUGGCCGCAUCGAGGUUUAGGGCCCGCGAGGGCAGCGGAGGGGAAGCAGGAUUGGAAGGGAAAGGUUAAAGAGAAAUCGCACAUUUUGCAACAUGGAGAGGGAGUGGAUGGCGAAGGCGGAGAGGUCAGGAAGAUCGGAGCGGACAACGGGGAGGAGGGGAUAAAAGAAAAGAGAGCAGAGAGAGGACCAAGAUUACGAUUACAGCAUCUCAGUGUCCUAAUGACUAUAUUACAGCGGUGUUUACUGGAGGGCGACAUAAGCAGAGCGAGUCGUGCGUGGGCGAUGUUGAUUCGGGCGCAGGUUGGGGGACGGGGGGUGGAUUUGAGGGGCAGUGGGUAUUGGGGUAUUGGGGCUGAAUUGCUGAUUCGGAGUCUGGAGAGGAGGGGUAAGUACUCUUAUGAUGAGGAGAGUGAGGGCGAGGGAGAGGAAGGGGGAGGGGAACAGAUGUGGGGCAGUAGGGAGGGUCUGGAGAAGGCGAGGGAUUAUUAUGAGAGGUUGAUUCUGCAGCAUCCGUAUAAGAGGCAGUUUGACGGGAGUGUGAGCGCGUUGGACUUUUGGCCUGUGUUGGUCGGCUGUGAGGUUUAUGGGAUUCAGUUUGAGCAGAAUGAGGAGUUGAGGAGGAUUACUAGGGAGGCAGAGGAGGAUGAGGGUGGAGAGAGAAGUGAGAGUCAGAGCGAAGAAUCUGAAGAGGAUGCAAAGGAUGCAGAGGACGAGGAAUUUGGUAUGGAUGCUGCAUUUGCCGCAGAGCAGAGGAGGAAAUCUCGCCGGAUGAGACGGAGGGCGGAGAGAAGGUGGACAGAGAGAGACGAGAUUCGGAAGACGGCUCUGACGGCUUCAGAGAAGAUCGCUGCCAGACUGGACGACCUGAUGACAACUCCUCCAUAUUCUGACAGCCACAACUUGCUUCGACUUCGAGGAAUGAUCGCACUUUAUAUUGGCCAUCUGAGUGUUCCAGCACCGCCUCCGGAUGAGACAAACGAAGAUAAUGAGGGAGAAGGCCUCGAGAGAAGCCGACGAUUGAGAAGCGCUGACAAGAACAUGGAGCGUAGGUUUUUAUUCAGCCAACGGGUCGGCGACCAUGAGCGUGGGAAGAAGAAGCAUAAAGAGGAGCAAGAGCGAGCAAAGAAGCUCUUUGACAGGAUCGCGAGAGAAGGAGGGGAUAUCGAAGAUAUCAAGCUGCCCCUGGAACAGGACGAAGAUCCAGUGGAGUUCUAUGACGCGGAAAGAUAGCCACCUCCGUUUAAAUGGAACCAUCGAUCAGACUUCUUUUCCAAGUACCAAAAGCUUGAUAUUUAACCGUCUCUGCCAGGGGUUUAACCACAGUCGUGAGUCAAGAUAGCUAACAGCAGAUAUUUUCACUGUAAUGAAGCAUUCAUCU